UCACGUCAAUCAGGAUUAAUGGCCGCGCAAACCUCCCCUUUAGGUUCACCCGGGUCCUCUCAGUGGUGGAGGCGCCGCAGCCAGGGGCAGAGCAGAGGCGGUGAUAUAAGGCAGGACGGCAACACGACGCCAGAGCGCAGCGCACGGAGCGUCGUCUGGACUUGUGCUUCACGUCUCCACCAGUAGUUGACAGCCAGGCGUGAUGACCGAUCACUCACACGUUCCCAGAUCCUGACGCCUGUCGACCGGGACAUGUCCGAGCUCCUCGCGCUGGUGCCACGGGUCCGCGCUCCGACCUCCUCUCCAGUGGAUUACUCCUGCAACACUUCCCCGGGCUGCAGAUGAUCUUUCUUUUUUUUUUAUUGCUUGCAUGCGGACAAACUUGCAGCAGCUCUCGGGUCGGUGUUGGUGAAGUGCGCGCGUAUCUGUGUCCAGGCUAGACUGCGCGUAAAAGUUGCAGCGUAAACGUCACAGACUCCGACAUGGAGCUGAAGAGCGCGUGUCGCAUGCUUCUCUUCCCGGUUCAGAUGUUGUACUAUUUGGUGAAGGCGAGUUUGUCCUCGCUGUUGCCGAGCAGAAAGAAGGACCUGGGCAAGGAGGUGGUAUUGAUCACCGGGGGAGGACGCGGCAUCGGACGUCAUCUGGCCAAAGAGUUCGCCAAGCAGGGAGCCAGAAAGGUGAUCUUGUGGGGCCGGACGGAAAAGUGCCUCAAAGAAACGAGUGAAGAGAUUUCUCUCUCAGGAACCGAGUGCCAUUACUUCGUGUGUGACGUGGCCAACCGGGAGGAGGUUUACAAGCAGGCCAAGGUGGUCCGAGAAAAGGUGGGAGAUGUUACGAUGUUAGUGAACAACGCAGCUGUGGUCCACGGCAAGAGUCUGAUGGACAGCGACGACGACGCCCUCCUGAAGUCCCAGCACAUCAACACCUUGGGACAGUUCUGGACUACAAAGGCCUUCCUGCCUCGAAUGCUGGAGCUGCAGCACGGCCAUGUGGUCUGCAUAAACUCCAUUCUGUCCCAGUCCCCCAUUCCUGGGGCCAUCGAUUACUGCACCUCCAAGGCCUCGUCGCUGGCCUUCAUGGAGAGCCUGACGCUGGGCCUGCUGGACUGCCCCGGUGUUGGCUGCACCACGGUGCUUCCCUUCCACACCAACACAGAGAUGUUCCAAGGAAUGAGAGUCAGGUUCCCUCAGCUCUUUCCUCCUCUCAAACCAGAGGUGGUUGCCCAGAGGACUGUGGAAGCGGUCAGAGCUGACAAGGCCUUCCUCUACAUGCCCUGGACCAUGCACGCUCUCGUCCUUCUUAAAAGCUUCAUGCCACAAGUUGCACUGGAAGAAAUCCACAGGUUUUCUGGGAGUUAUACCUGCAUGAACACAUUCAAAGGGAGGACAUGAACCCGGACUUCACAGAAUGUGAGGGUGACCUCGACGUCUCUGGGGCACAAUGAAGGGAAUAUGGACCUAAAGACAUCUGGAGCUGCAGGAGGCCCCAUAGUAGUGUGAAGAGAAAAUACUUAGGGGACGUUCACUAGGGUUUUCGCUCCUGCAGGUAGAAUUAAUCGAUAAACUGCAGGAUACCCUCUUGUCCCAUUUUAUAAGUGUGAGUGCAUAUGUGUAUAGUAUGGAGGACUGAACGCCAUUCUCACAUUGAACAGAAGCCAUGCUUAGGUGUGUACCAGUAGUUAUUCUGGGAGAUUUUGUGACACUUUUAAUCUGUUUUUACACUUUUUUGUUUUGUUUCUUAUCUGCCUUUUUUUUUAAUGUGUCUUUGAAUCAAAGCUAAGUAAUAAAAUGGAGUUUUAGAGACACACUGUGUUUCUUUGUGCAUGACGAAAAUAGAGAGGGAGAAAAAAACAACACAAUCCUUGGGAGGUAGACGUUGUUUUGUGUCUGGAUUUCGACUCCCAUGGCUGCGUGAUAACACCUUUUGAUUUAUGCCGAGCAUGAGAUCACCAACUGUGACAGACGAUGUUGUCAAAACAUAAAACACACAGUUGGAGGUGUGGGGGUGGGGGGGGGGGGGGGGCAACAUGUGUAUUCCUGUUUGUUCUAUGAUGUCAGUAAAUGGUGCAAUUCUCCAUAAACAUAAUGAACUUUUUGGUCAAGUUCCCAUUCAGCGAACGGGGGGGGGGAGAGUAUGUUGUAUUUACUGAGUCCUGGAACUACAGCAGUUAUCUUGAGGCCUUAAUCAUGACGGUUUAUUAGAGAACACUUCUAAAAAUAACAUGUAAACUGUUUUAUCAUGAAGGUUUUUUAUUAGCUUCAGCUUCAACUGCUCCACGUGUGUUCGUCAAACCCCAGAGAAGGAUUCCAGAACAGAAAUGGGACAAUAUGAUGCCUCCUCCACCUUAUUACACCUCCACCAGCAAAGGAUAUAAGGAUAUGUUUGUUUUUUUGUGUGUAAGAAAGACUACGCAAUAAAUGGCCUGACCGACUCAAGGAAGAGGCCGUAGAAAUAUAUAACUUUUGUAUUUCACAUUUUGUAGACUUCUCCGAUAACACUUCAUGGAUCUUGGUGAAAAAAUCAUGCAUAUUUAGGGGACUGGUAUUUAUGAGUGUGUGUGUGUAAUUUGGUGCAGAUCCAAAUAAAAGUCUGGAUGUGGUGAA